CUUCUCUGGUUAGAUGAGAAAGAAUCAGUAAAGAAACUGGAAAAUGUGGCUCCUACAAUAUACAUAUUUAAAAAUUGAGGUUAAAUUAUAUCCAUACAUAUAUAUUUAUGUACACACACAAACACAUAUAUAUUUCAGCACAAUGUCUUUUUCUCCACACAACAAAUAUAUAAGCACCCUCUUUUGUUUCUUUUUAUGUCUUUUAAAAAUAUUUUUUAAUUUAUUUUAUUUGGAUGAGAGAGAAGGAGGAGAUAGAGAGUAAAACAGACAUACCUGCAGCAGUGUUUCACUACUCAUGAAACACUCUCCCCUCUCCCCACCCCGUACAGCUAGGAACCAGGGGCUUGACUGGUCCUUGUACACUGUAAUAUGUGCACUCAACCAGGUGUGCUACCACCUAGCCUCUAUAAGCACCAUUUUAAGAUAAAAGAUUUUUAUUUACCUUAUUUUAUUUUAUUUUGCCCCCAGGGUUAUCGCUAGGGCUCGAUGCCUGCACUAUGAUGAAUCCACUGCUCCUGGAGGCCAUUUUUUUCUGGUUUUGUUGCCCUUGUUGUCAUUAUUGUUAUUGGUGUUGUCAUUGUUGGAUAGGACAGAGAGAAAUCGAGAGGAGGGGAAGCCAGAGAGGGGGAGAGAAAGAUAGAGACCUGCAGACCUGCUUUACCUCUUAUGAAGUGACCACCCUGCAGGUGGGGAGCCGGGGCUCGAACCAGGAUUCUUAUGCUGGUCCUUGUGUUUGGUGCACUUAGCCCGCUGCACUACUGCCCGGCCCCCUUUAUUUACCUUUUUAAAAAAUGACUGGGAGUCGGGCUGUAGUGCAGCGGGCUAAGCGCAGGUGGCGCAAAGCAUAAGGACUGGCAUAAGGAUCCCGGUUCGAACCCCGACUCCCCACCUGCAGGGGAGUCGCUUCACAGGCGGUGAAGCAGGUCUGCAGGUGUCUGUCUUUCUCUCCUCCUCUCUGUCUUCCCCUCCCUCUCUCCAUUUCUCUCUGUCCUAUCCAACAACGACAACAAUAAUAAUAACUACAAAAAAAAAAAAAAAGGGCAACAAAAGGGAAUAAAUAAAUAAAAUAAAAAUUAAAAAAUGACUACAGGGGCUGGGCAGUGGUACACCCAAUUGAAUAUACAUAUUACCAAGCUCAUGGACCUGGGUUCAAGCCCCCCUUGAGGGUGGACAAUUCAUGAGUAGUGAAGCAGGUUGCAAGUGUCUAUCUUUCUCUCCCUUCCUUUCCCCUACUCCUCUCAACUUAUCUCUAUUCUAUUAAAUGAAAUAUGAAAAAAGAAAAAAAAAAGAAAGAAAUGAUUGCUGGGAGUGGCAGAUUCAUACUUUUCGGGCACUGAGCCUCGGCAAUAACCCUGGUGGAUAUAAAUAAUAAUAAUUAUAUAAUAAUAAUAAUAAUAAUAAGAUGGCUGCACUGUAUUCUCUUGUAUAUAUGUGCUAAAACUUAUCUAGCCAUUCUAUAAUUAAUGACUUUUUAAGUUGUUUUCAAUUUUUUUAUCACAAGCAGUAUGCCAGUAAAACUAUAUACAUUUUGUGUGAGUACAUAAUAUCUAAAAAUGGAAAUUCUUAACUAAAUAGUUUACACAUUACAUGUUUGUAAUUUAUUGCAUGAAACACACAAAAUAACAAUAAAAUGUAAUUCUAUUUAAUUGCAACAUUUACAUUUCCACCAAUAGUCGAUGGAGACAACCCUUUUUCACAUAUUCUCAGUAAUAUAGGAUUUAAUCAGUAUUUUAACUCCUAGUUGAUUUGGGAAGAAAAUAUUAGCAAAAAAAAAAAAGGUGGGGGAAAUGGCUGCUUGAAGUGGUAGACUCAUAGUACAGGCACAAAACCCCUGGUGGCAAUUAAAAAAAUAAAGAAAAAUAAAUCUUUAAGACACUUCAAAUAUGUGUGUAGAGCAGGAAGAAUGAAUAAGGAUGAAGAGGAUCUAAAUAACAUGAUUAGUUCAUUGUAGGAGUAAACAAGAAAGGGCAGGAUAUCUGUGGAGUUUUUCAAGCAGAAAAAACAAAAACAAAAUUUUUUUAAAAAGUGACUCCAGCAAGAACUCUGGAGCCCCCAACCCCCCUAUGUUGUCAACACUCUUCUAUUUCUGGGUUAAGGAGCUCAAGCUUCUCAGAAAUGGCAUGAGAAACAGCUUCCUAAUCCAGGAAAGUAAGAAGGCUUACAACUGGGAUGGGCAGAGUGAGUGAGAAACUAUCUCUGUAGCAGUUGGAUCUGGCUGUGACACCCCAGCUGUGCCAUCUCCCCUUCGAAACUCCUUGAAGGUUAAUCUCACUGAGGUCAAGGGGUGCCUGAUUUGUAAGGCAGUGAACCCUAAGACUUGGCAGGUGUUGUGGAUGUUGUCUCUGCUUUCCCUCCCUGGGAAGGAAUGCCAGAGGGGUCCACAUUUACUGGACUCUUAGGCCUGGGAGAAAUCACAGCAGCCCACACCUUCACUCAGUCAACUCUGAAGACAGGUUGAGGAUUGUCCCUGUGUGCUAGAGAGGCUCUGCCUUCUUGUGCUUCACAACAAAAAGCAUCAAAGGAGAAACAUUGCAUUCAACGUGAUGGGCAGUGGCACCUCAGCCCAACAUCGUUUUGGUUUCCAGAAUGCAGAGAAUGCCUUCAAAGCAGCUGCCCUGAUUCAGAGAUGGUACCGGCGCUACAUGGCUCGCCUGGAGAUGAGGAGGCGUUGCACCUGGAGCAUCUUCCAGUCUAUAGAGUACUCCGGGCAGCAAGACCAGGUCAAGCUCCACGACUUCUUCAGCUAUCUUGUGGAUCACUUCACCCCCAGCAACGACAACGAGAGGGUCUUCCUGAAUCACAUGCUCGCUGAGGGGAGAUCUCCCCUGGACUUUGAGAUGGAGAAAUGCCAUGAUUAUGAGUCCAUUGAAGUACUGGACAGCUACAGAGGGCCACACCUCUCCUUCCCACUCCUUGCAGACCAUGCAACUGCCCUCGUGGAGGCUUUCAGACUGAAACAAAAGCUCCAUGCUCGUUAUGUCUUGAAUCUUUUGCAUGAGACCAGGAAACACCUGAUACAACUGCCAAACAUCAACAGGGUCUCUACCUGCUACAGUGAAGAGAUCACAGUGUGUGGAGAUUUACAUGGCCAGCUGGAUGACUUAAUAUUUAUAUUUUAUAAGAACGGCCUCCCAUGUCCAGAGCGAACCUACGUGUUCAAUGGUGACUUCGUGGAUCGAGGCCAGGAUUCAGUAGAGAUUCUGAUGGUUCUUUUUGCCUUCAUGUUGGUUUAUCCCAAAGAAUUCCAUCUUAACCGAGGAAAUCAUGAGGACCAUAUGGUGAACUUACGAUAUGGCUUCACCAAGGAAGUGAUGCAGAAAUAUAAGACACAUGGCAAGACAAUACUAAAACGACUGCAAGAUGUUUUUUGUUGGCUCCCACUAGCCACUCUGAUUGAUGAGAAAGUCCUGAUUCUUCAUGGUGGAGUGUCAGACAUGACUGACCUGGAGCUCUUAGCUAAACUUGAUAGACACAAGAUUGUUUCCACCAUGCGGUGCAAAACAAGAGAGAAGCAGGACAAAGUGGCAGAGAAGGGAAAAGCAGAGCAGGAAAGGACAAGCUCUGCAAGGAGACCCUGCCCAUGGCUUCUUCCCCAAAGCAGUUCUCUCCUCUCAUGGACUCCUGGGCCCAGCUCCCCCAGGACAUACAGAGCAGGCCGCUCUUCCAGCACCCCUUGUGCGCUGCCUCCUGAGGGUAAAAAGCUCUCCCCUCAGGCGCAGGCUCAGCGCUCCCUGGACCUGGAGCUGCCGAGGUGGCAGCUAGCUGACUACCCGGUGGCCCUGGGAAAGCAAGAGUUCCUGCCCCUCCCCUCAGAGGCAGACUGGGAAGCUGGGGGACUACUGGCGCCCACUCUAGAGGAGUGGAAGCAGGUUGUGGAUAUACUGUGGAGUGACCCCAUGACACAGGAGGGAUGCAAGGCCAACACAGUCCGAGGGGCAGGCUGUUAUUUUGGGCCUAAUGUGACAGAGAAGUUGCUACAGAAAUACAACCUGCAGUUCCUGAUACGUUCUCAUGAGUGCAAACCCGAAGGCUAUGAAUUCUGCCACAGCCGUAAGGUUCUAACCAUCUUUUCUGCCUCCAACUAUUAUGAAGUUGGCAGUAACAAAGGGGCCUAUGUCAAACUGGGGCCAGCCCUGAGCCCACAUAUCGUGCAGUAUCAAGCCAACAAGACAACCCACAUGCUAACCAUGAGGCAAAGGAUUAGCAGAGUAGAAGAAUCAGCUCUGAGAGCCCUUCGGGAAAUGUUAUUUGCUCAUUCCUCAGAUCUUCUCACUGAAUUUAAGAAGCGUGAUGUAGAUACAACUGGUUUGAUCACGCUGAGUGACUGGGUAGCAGCCAUGGAGUCUGUAUUGCAGCUUGGGUUGCCUUGGCGGAUGCUGAGGCCACAACUGGUGAGCAGCUCCACAGAUAACAUGUUGGAGUACAAGUCCUGGCUGGAAGACUUAGCCAAAGAACAACUGAGUCGUGAGAACAUACAAUCAAGUUUGCUGGAAGCACUGUAUCGGAACCGAUCCAAUCUGGAGACCAUUUUCAGGAUUAUAGACAGUGAUCAUUCAGGGUUCAUCUCGCUGGAUGAGUUCAGGCAGACCUGGAAGCUGUUCAGCUCACACAUGAACAUUGACAUCUCAGAGGAUGGCAUCUGUGAUCUGGCCCGCAGCAUUGACUUCAACAAGGAUGGUCACAUAGACAUCAAUGAAUUCUUGGAGGCCUUCCGCCUUGUGGAGCAGUCCUGCGCAGAGGGCGAGCCCUCCCAUUCCCCAUCUAUUUCAAAUGCUACUGACAUUGCAAGUAGUACUUUAGAUGCCCACUAAGACUAGCCUGCUCUCCAUCAUUCAGGGUGCCUCACAAUGUGAGUAUUUUAUUAUUUUUUUAAAUUAUGGCCCAGUUAAGAAUCAGGCAUGGCUCAAUUCUUUCAUUGUUUUCAUUUUAUAUCUUUUUAAAAAUAUUUAUUUAUUUAUUCCCUUUUGUUGCCCUUGUUGUUUUAUUAUUAUAGUUGUUGUUGAUGUCAUAAUUGUUGGAUAGGACAGAGAAAUGGAGAGAGGAGGGGAAGACAGAGAGGGGGAGAGAAAGACAGACACCUGCAGACCUGCUUCACUGCCUGUGUUCAGGUGGGGAGCUGGGGGCUCGAUCUGGGAUCCUUACUCUGGUCCUUGUGCUUGGCGCCACCUGCGCUUAACCCUCUGUGCUGCCGCCUGACUCCCUCAUUUUAUAUCUUUUUUAACUUAGAAAAUUAACUGGAGAUCUGACAAACAAUUCCUAAAAGUUUGACUUUGCCAGAAAACUGCAUGUACAUUGGUAGUUCAGAGAAAUCCCCCCCCCCUUUUUUUUUCCCAGAGCAUAAUUCAGCUCUGGCUUAAGGUGGUGCGGGGAAUUGAAGCUGGGACUUUGGAACUUCACUCAUAAGAGUCUCUUGCAUAACCGUUAUCUCUGUGACUCGAGAAACCUUCUUUACCAGUUAGUAUAGUGAAUUAAUAGGGAGAUUGGCUUCCAAGGAGUUUUAA